AUGAAGAAAUUCACCUGUGUUCCCACUAUCGGGGAAGAUGUGAUUCUUGUAACCAAUGGAUCACAGGACCAGAUCGAGAGAACCCUUGUGCUUUUGAACGAGCACACGUGCAAUCUGAUUCCGUUGCAUGCUAACAUCAUAAUCUUCAAUUCUUUCAAAGAUUUUGUGACCCACUUGGAUCGCACCAGAGGUGACUCGCCUGUGUCCACCUAUCUGGGAAUCACGGUGUUUAUGUUUUUCAAUGGCGUGGAGUUUAUCCAGGACGUGCUCUGCGGCGCUAUAGACUACGAACACCGUUUGCUUGCAUCCAUGGCUGAAGACGCGGAAUCGUUCCACUUGAGUAAGCUUUCCAACUCGUACUUCUACUUUGACGGCUCCAUUUCGGUCGAUUACGAAAGAGCGUCGCCGGCAAGCUUGCUCCGGGACGGCCACCAGUUUCAUGCCUUGAUGGCGGUGGCUCACGACAUCAUGAAGAAGACCAGCUUCAUGCUUUCUCGAGUAAGAGGUGUGUUGGUGGACGACAUUCGAGCAGACGGAGAACGGGUAUAUCCGUUGAGCCGUUUUGUCCAGAAUUUCCCUAAUGUAGACCGGUUGGAGCUUUCUAGUUCGGCGCCGAUUUUGAUGACAAACAUGUUGAUGUGA